GUUGAACGGCGCGAAACCUCCGACGAAAGCGUUGCUCCUCUGAGGACUUGUCAAGACUGCCGGAGCUUCAAUACAGACCUACAAGAUGUCUGGACUUUUCGGUGCAGCGGCGACUUCAGCGGCCGCUUCCAACCCGACGCAGGGCGACCUAUCCAAAGACGUUGCUCUGAACAAUCCUCCGGAAGACAGCAUUUCAGAACUCUCCUUUUCGCCGCAGACCGAGCAUUUAGCAGUAGCAUCUUGGGACAAGAAAGUUCGCAUUUAUGAGAUUAGUCCUACGGGUCAGAGCGAGGGCAAAGCUCUGUUUGAACAUGAAGCACCCGUCCUGUCGUGCUGUUGGUCAAAGGAUGGCGGAAAAGUUGUAGGCGCUGGCGCUGACAAGGCCGCUCGACUUUUGGACCUUGCAAGCGGCAGCACGAGUCCACAGCAGGUGGCCGCUCACGAGCAACCCAUUCGCACCGUUCGAUUCAUUGAAGCGCCCGGCUCAGGUUCGCCGAUGCUUGUUACUGGAUCGUGGGACAAGACGGUAAAAUACUGGGACCUCAGACAGUCGAACCCAGUGGCAACCCUGCAAUGCCAAGAACGAGUGUAUACGAUGGAUGUCAAGGAUCGAUUGCUCGUUAUUGGUACCGCGGACCGAUACAUCAACGUCGUAAACUUAAAUGAUCCUACGAAAUUUUACAAGACAAUGCAAAGCCCACUGAAGUGGCAAACGAGAGUGGUGUCGUGCUUCAACGACGCAACUGGUUUUGCAGUUGGCAGUAUUGAAGGCCGCUGCGCUAUUCAAUACGUUGAAGACAAGGAUAGCAACUCCAAUUUCUCCUUCAAGUGCCACCGACAAACGCCCGCUGGGCAAACGAGCACCACCAAUGUUUACUCUGUCAACUCGAUCAAUUUCCAUCCUGUGCACGGCACAUUCAGCACCUCCGGAAGUGAUGGCACUUUCCAUUUCUGGGAUAAGGACGCCAAGCACAGACUCAAGGGCUAUCCUGAAGUCGGUGGAACCAUUUCCGCCACCGCAUUCAACCGCACCGGCUCGAUAUUUGCUUAUGCCGUCAGUUACGACUGGAGCAAAGGAUAUGCUUUUAAUACUCCCAAUUCGCCGAACAAAAUUAUGCUCCACAGUGUCAAUGGCGAUGAGUGCAAGCCUCGGGCGGGAACGAAGAAGAGGUAAAAACAAAAAGAAUUCAAAUGAAACAAUGGAUUAUGCUUUUAGGGAUUCCUGACUUUUAAUUUCGCGCUUGCUUUUUUCCUUUUUUUUUUUCCGCAUUGAAGGCUCGAAGCGACCAAUCGGUUUUUUGUUUGUUUUUUUUCUUUUUUUUUUCCUUUUCUCUUCCGCUAUCUUCGUUUUUUUACCCCUCUCUUUCUUCUUGUCCACCCUGUUUCCUUUUAUCGAAACUUCCCUUUCCCCCACAGCAAUGCAUAUUUAUCCAGUCGAGUACGGAAUGGCGCAAAGAAUCUGAAGGCGUCGAACUUUGUGUUUCGCCCGCGAUUGCAUGGUCGUUGGCUUUGAUGCUCAAACCAAAGGGGCAUCCUGAGUUGUACAUAGUCUCUGUCUUUGAUUCAUUGAUUUAAUGACCUAAAAUCGAUAUCCUUUCUCAUC